GAGUGUGUGUGUGUGUGUGUGUGUGUGUGUGUGUGUGUGUGUGUGUGUGUGUGUGUGUGACAGGGUGAAGUUGAGCGCGCGCUCUGGGUAGUUUGCAGCUGAUCGGUGCGUCAGGACGCGCAGUCCGUCCGCCUCCAGCAUGUAGCAGCUCUCUGGACUCUCUGCUGUCCUUCUGACCCGUUAGCCGGUGACCGUCCGGAACCAUGGGGGGGGCUCUGGGCUGUCACCGCUCCAUCCCGCGGGACCCCGCAGACCUGAGCUGCGGGAAACGUAAAUUCAGCGCAGCCUGCAACUUCAGCAACAUCUCCGUGAACCACGAGCGGCUGAACAUCAACGCCGCCACCGAGGAGGAGCUGAUGACGCUGCCGGGGGUGAACCGGGCCGUGGCCCAGAACAUCGUGGAGUACCGGGACUGCAUCGGCGGCUUCAGGAAGGUGGAGGACCUGGCUCUGGUCAGCGGGAUCGGAGCCGCCAAGCUGGAGGCCAUCAAGCCGGAGAUCUGCGUCUCCUCCAGGAGCAGCUCCUCCCAGCAUUCACCCUCCUCGCUGCGCAGAGAGCCGGAGCAUCCGUCCGGUACCGGGAUCAACGUCAACACGGCCACCGCGGCGCAGCUGCGGAGCGUCCGCGGCCUGACGGAGAAGAUCGUCCGGAACAUCGUGGCCUACCGGGCGGAGCACGGCCCGUUCCGGAGCAUCGAGGACCUGGUGAAGGUCCAACACGUCAGCAGCUCCCUGUUGGACCGGAUCCGCUUCCAGGUGUACGUGGAGCGCUCCAGGACGCCGUCCACCAACACCCAGCAGAGCCCCACCUCCUUCAGCCUGCGGAGCGAGGAGCCGGACCUUCCUCCCGGCGGCCCGACGCACAUCGGCUCGGUUCGGCCCAGCGGGGAGCCGCCGCUCGCGCUGCGGGACGGGAAGCCGGUGGUGCGUCUGGCGACGUGGAGCCUGCAGAGCUGCUGCUGCGAGAAGGCCAACAACCCGGGGGUCCGGGAGGUGGUCUGCAUGACCCUGCUGGAGAACGACAUCAAGAUAUUGGCAGUGCAGGACCUGCUGGAGCGAGAGGCUCUGGAUAAGAAGGUCUUGUUCCUGCUCUCAUGUUCUGGUUCUGGUUCUGGCCUGACUGCUGGUUCUGUGUCUCAGGGUUGGACCUUCUCCGGGUUCCUGUGGGACAGCUCGUCUGGGUUCGACCUGAAGGACGCCGUGGUUCUGGAUGGCCCGGUUACCAACGGCAACGGAAACCAGCCUCAGCUGUACCGGGCCUGCUUCUCACUGGGUUCCAUGGAGCUGGUGCUGGUGAACGUCCACAUGCCGAGCGCAUCAAGCGGCGAGUCCAAAGAACCGGGUCAGCACCUCAGUUCCAGCAUCCAGGAAACUCUCAAAGGUGAGAAGGAGCUGGUGGUUCUGGGCGACUUCGGCGGUCCUCCUCAGAGCUCCGAGCUGGAUGUCCUGAGGAGGGAGAAGCUGCUGGCGCUGGUUCCGUCGGGUCGGUUCACCAACAUCAGCACCCGCUGCCCGCAGGGCUCCCAGUGUCUGGACAACAUCUGGAUCAGCCGCUCCCUGAAGAAGAUCUACUCAGGUCACUGCAUGGUGGUGCGGGAGGGCCUGACCAAUCCCUGGAUCCCUGAUAACUGGUCGUGGGGGGGCGUGGCCUCGGACCACUGCCCUGUGGUGGCCGAGUUCUACGCCGACCCGUCCUCCAAGGAGCUGAGCCGUCCGACCGUGGCGGUGGUGGACAGAGGGGAUGGGACGCCCAAACAUGAGCGGUGACGGCGGAGAGAUGAUGUCCUGGUGCAGCAGAGCUUCCUGAUCAAUGUGAAGAAGUCCUGAUCUGUCCUCCAACCUCUUUAAGCCAUAAAAAUGUUCAGCUGUAAAAAACCAAGAACUUGAAGAGAAGAUGUGCCAAACGUUUUCUAUGUGUAAAUAAAAUAAAGAGAGAUAAUUCUUAGAUCUUAUGGAGGACCUGCUGUCUCUGUGUCUUCCUGUCCGACUGAAUGCGGCUCUGCAAUCGUCCUCCUCGCCACCAUCAGGAGCUCAGCUGCUGUUAUGGGAUCAGGGAUGUUAUUCAGCAGGAGACCAGGCUCUCCAGGUGAACCUGCUACACCUGCUCAGCCUCUCUGAUGCUCUGCUUCCAUCUUAGCUUAGCAGCAGCUUUUAUUUUGAAAACUCCAUUUCAGCUCCUUCAGGGUGUUUUCUGCUGCUGGAGUUUUAUGGCACAUUGAUCCUGGAAGGAUCCACACGUCUGUGGCUGAGCUAGCAUUAGCACUAGCAUUAGCAGCAGUUAGCUUUCAGAAACCUUGACCCAUGGGAACCAGAGUUGUGUGUUAAAUGAUCCAGACUGAAUGCUGCCUCUUUCAGAAUAAUCCAAUCCAUCCCACCCAGGACUCCGGAGGUUAUUCUGGCAGAGGGAGCCCUCUAGUGGACAACAGCAGGCACAGUAAAGGAGGUUUUAAUCUGGAUCCUCUGUUCUUGAUGUUUAUUUAAUCCAUUCAAAGAAACUGACUGUUACUGUCAGCCAUGUUGAAAUAAAUUCAGUGCAUU